AUGAAGUCAUCCUUGGUGGCUCUAACUGCACUUUCCCUGGCAAAUGGCAAUACCAGUGAUUCGCUUCGCCGUCGUCUUUCCUUCGAAAAGAUAGCCGGAUACGCUCCAGCCACCCAGGUGACAGAUCACUGCGCCAUUGAUCUGGAUCAACAGGCCAUCGAGCUUGAGCUUGUGAAGCGAACCCAACAAUCCCUUGAGGCUGCGCAACGAAUUUACAACGAGGGCGGCAGCUCCAAGUCAUAUGCGGAAAUCACAUUGGCUACACCCCUACUAUCGGAUGUUCAGAAAGGGACUCCCAUGGCCGGUAUAACGGCCGACGGUACCGAAACUGUGGGCAACGCAUAUGACUUGUACGUUGCAGGAACCACAGAGAUUCGCAUGCAAUACCAGACCAGUGAUGAUCAAUCGAAUUAUGUCCACUGUGCCGUUGGUUCUCUUCCUCCUAUUGCCCAGACAAAGGAUGGAUGUCUAAUUGGAGCCGGCAUUAUUGGCAUUGACGGGACCGGGUACUCUUAUCAAUACGACCCGAUCAACCAAAACAAAAACGGGCGGACUAUUGCUGGGUUUUCAACGUCUGCUGGUGAAAAGAUGCGCCUCUCUUGUGAUGGAUGUCCGUACACAGACCAUGAUUAUUUUUUCCAAUAUUACGGAAUGGACGAUUAUGGACACCAAUGGGUCACGGCUGCAUUCAAUGGCCAAGAGACUCAGUUUGAAAACGGGAAUGCAGACUUCUCGCUGUAUGGGAUGGAUGGCAAAGUCGAGGCCAUCAAGAAGGGAACUGUGUACUUGAACAUUUUCAUGUAUGUCAUCCGGGAGUUUGAGGAUGCUCUAGAUGAUUGUGAGAAGGGCUGCGCGACAGUUGACUGCAACAACGACCCCGUGAAUGCGUGGGAUGAAGGAGUCUGCUUUUACACUGGGUCUAUUGAAGCUCAAGACGGGCUGACUUCCGAAGGAAACCUUUUGCAUCAGUUGGCAGACAAGCGUUGCGCUGAUUUCAAGACCUGCGGCAAGAACGGUGACCAGAAUCAAGGAGUGGCAAAAUUGAACUACGAUCUGUUUCAAUUUUAUGCCCUCGGAAAGUUCCAGUUGCAGACUGGAAAGUGCGACGAUGCACGCGUGACGGUCAGAGAAAUUACAAAGUUGUUGUAUGUCCCCUUCAUCCAAGGCACCUUGCGCUAUGCAUACAAGGUGAGCGAACUGAACGACACGACCGAAAAGUCCAAGGCGGAAGGAGCCGUUUUUGCGGCUGCUGUUCUGCCCCGAAUCUUUGCCAUCAAUGAAGAACACGCCAACGUCAUAUAUUCGAAUAUGCGAGUGGGUGCACUUAGUACCAACUUUGCCAAAGUGAAGCAAGCCUUUGAAUACACCUACAAAGAAAUCGGAAUCACCUGUGCAGAUGUUGGUGGCGUAUGGAACGAGGCCCUUGGCGAGUAUUACAAGGGUGCUGAACCAUGUGUGGAUGAAUCGGAGGAUAGUCGUGAAAUGGCGUCGAUAUAUAUCUCUAGGGGCUGCUUUUGGUGGACUCUGCCUUGCUUGCAUACUGGCAUCGUGCUUUUUCUGGACUCUGGGCAGGGCCAAUAA